AUGUCGUCCGUUCCUUCGAGUAGUGGGUCGGCGCUCACUAGGCAAUGCUCGCAUAGCAGCGACCUCCCCUCCCUCAGCCCCUCCUCGGCCCUCACCUCGCACCGCUCGUUCUCCUUCAUUCGGUCACCUUCGUUUGGCAGCAAGCCAAAGACGUUGGCGGCGGCUACUAUCCCUGAGAGCGACAAGGAGCCUAUUUUCGACGAGAUCCGUGACUGCGACGAGCCGCCUUAUCCGCAGACAAACACAAAGUCGCUUUCGCCCUCGCGCGGACUUAAAGCAGAGUCGAACAACAUCACUGUCAAGAAGAGGUCGCCUGUGAAGAGUCAGAGGAGCCAGCCGGCGAAUGGUACUACCGCUUCUUCGCAGCCGCACAAGCACAAGUGGUUGAACAAGCUCGAUCCGCGCGUCGACGCCAAGCUGCUCGAAGAGCAACGGCGGCGCGUUGAGAAGGAGGAAAAGGAUAGGCGGAAGAAGAAGGAAGAAGGCAUGAUAGAGGAUCUGAUGCCCAAAUGGGUGCAGUGA